GCGGAAGCGAGAGGAGCUAUCUUCGAUUGCCGACGAAAAGUGAUGCGCCGCAUGACUGAAAGGCAAUCAGUGGAAAGACACCUGUCAACUCAUCCGACGCCCACAGAGCGCCACCACCGGCAAGCGGUAUACUCGGUCGAAAGCGAGAGUCUGCGUCGAGGCGCGUACUGAACUGCCAUGUGCGCGACCACAUGCACUCUGAGACCCGAGGAUACAAGGGCAAAGAAAGAUGGGCUACAUUUUCCAAGAAAUCGUCGUGCCAGAGACGUUAUGUGGGUAUAUACGAACAGCAGCCACGAACGUCGGAUCCGCCAUGUCGCCAGAUGAGAACAUGACCACCACGUCGGGUUCCCCACCGAAAACGACCGUGGUGCUGGCGGUACUGGUCACCGCUCUUCUCGCAAGGAUCGUCGUGGCCGUGGCCAGGUGGAUGCGCAUGUACUGGUACCUGCGCAACGUGCCCCAUCCCGAGCAACGGUGGCCGUUCUCCCUCGUCAUCGACAUGUGGCAGAGCCUGUCCAAAAUGGACCCGAAUCUGGAAGUGACAGCAAAAAUAUUCAACUAUUUCACUGGAAUGUUCAAGACAAUAUACGACCAGGAAGUCACAGUCGCUUACUACGGUCCACAGCCCUUCCUGAUCGCUACGACGCCAAAAUCAAUCGAAUCCAUUCUCACCAAUGGCCAGAACUUGAACAAGGCGUUUCUCUACGAGAUGAUGAAACCGUGGAUUGGAAAUGGCAUACUGAUGAUUGAAAAGAGCAAGUGGCGAAGCCGACGCAAGGUGCUUACUCCAGCCUUUCACUUCCGAGUACUGGAUGACUACGCGCCCAUCAUGAAUCGCAGAGCCCGAGAAAUGAUCAGCAGGCUUGACACGAUGGGAACGGACUUCUUCGAUGUGCUACCCGUUGUACGUUUCGUGGCGUUCGGCAUACUGUUCGAGACUGCCCUCGGUGUGCAAAUCGAUGAAGCUGAGGUUCAAAGGAUGCGACUGCUCGAAAUAAACGAUGAGAUUGGCGCCAGCGUAAUAGCGAGGAUGAUGAACCUUCUUCACUGGUCCGACAUCAUUUACAGCAUGACCCAGGCUUCGAGGGAUUUUAGGAAAAAUAUCAACUUCAUCCACGAGUACAACAGAAAGAUUGUGAAACAACGGCUGUCCGAAUACAAGAUGGGCAAAGUAAAGGCCGACUCAAAGAAGUCUUUCCUUGACAUUCUUCUGCAUAUGCACAUGGUGGAUGGCACGCUAACGGAAGAUGAAGUCAAGAACGAAGUCACAUCUAUAUUUAUUGGGGGGUUUGAAACCACAGCCGUAUCCAUAGCCUACACCCUUUUUCUGCUGGGAAAUCAUCCUGAAGUACAGGCAAAGGUACACGAAGAAAUUGAUGCCAUUUUUGCUGAAGACAUGGAAAGGGAUGUGACUGUAGAAGACAUCAAGCAGAUGAAGUACCUUGAAUGCGUUGUCAAGGAAUCGAUGAGGCUUUAUCCCCCAGUUCCACUCAUAGCACGCGAUGUCGACGAGGACAUGAAAGUUGGCGAAUACACGGUGCCCAGAGGAUCCGUCGCUGUCGCCGCUAUCUACUUCAUACAGCGACAUCCCAGGUACUAUGAAAAUCCGGACAUAUUUCAGCCGGAACGAUUUUUCGACACCAAGGAAAAAAAUCCUUUCUUGUACAUUCCAUUCUCCGGUGGCUUUAGGAACUGUAUUGGUCAAAAGUUUGCUAACUUGGAAGACAAGAUUCUGCUAACCCAAAUCAUGCGUCGUUACACAGUCACCUCCAAGCUUCGCAUGGAUCAGCUGCAGCUCUCCCUCGAAGUUGUGCUCAAAGCCAUACAAGGCCUUGAAAUCAAGAUCCGGCCACGUAACAGAACAAUGAAAGGGGACUGACGUCGCAUACGAACAGCCUAUUUAUGAGAAGCCUUCCACCCCAAGUCUGAUCAGUUUGGCGCGGCUACCGUGGUCAGCUUACUUAAAGAGGGUCCUCUUGUAAUUAGUGUACAUUACCGAGACGUUUACGCCUAAAUGUGUGAAUGCGUGCGACAGAAAAAUUACAUUCUUAGCACCUUGAGACAAAAACACUAUUAAAAGAAAGUGUGUUCGUAUCCUCGAAAGUUUUGAUUGGUAAGUGCAAUGCACGAAAUUGACUGUUGGAAGAAAUGUGUGUGUAUUGCUAUCAAGCUUAUUUAGUGAUAGUAACUGCAAGACUGGAAGCACUAUGGCAGAAGUUUUUUUUUUUUUGUUUUUUUUUUCAGAGAAAAUAACCGAAGUGAUUCAAAGGUAAUUUAAUUGUACUGUAAUGAGGAGGUUUGUGGGGAUAGCUUAUCUGAAUAUGUAGAGGUGCUCAAGCAUGAAGUCAUGUAAGAAACCUUGCAUUUCAAUAAAGCGGCACAUUUAUGAA